GCAGGGUUGUCUCCAAAGAUUGAUAUCGCGAUACUUGACAAUGUCGCCGUACAUAUUCCGAAACAUCGCGAUAUCUCAGCGUGUCCGGUCGCCGGCAAACAAAAAUGGCAGCUCGCUUUUCGUCCAUGUGCUUGGUGUGAGCCGAAACGAAUCGCUUUUGUCCGUUAAAAUCAUUAGGAUUUUUUUUUCCUUUCCACCUUGUUUGAGAAGAAGAGUGACGCUUUAAGCGUCGCGGCGAACAAAAAGACAACAUGCAACACGACGACGUGAUUUGGGACAUUAUAGGCAACAGGCAGUUCUGUUCGUACAAAGUCAAGACUAAAACGCAAAGUUUCUGUCGCAACGAGUUUAACAUCACCGGCCUGUGUAAUCGCUCGUCGUGUCCGCUGGCCAACAGUCAAUACGCCACCAUCCGGGAGGAGAAAGGGAAUUGUUUCCUCUACAUGAAGGUGAUCGAGCGAGCGGCGUUUCCUGCCAAAUUGUGGGAGAAGGUGAAGCUAAGCAAGAACUACGAGAAAGCGCUGGAGCAGAUCGACGAGAACCUCAUCUACUGGCCUCGCUUCAUCCGACACAAAUGCAAGCAGCGCUUCACCAAGAUCACGCAGUACCUGAUCCGCAUGCGCAAGCUGGUCCUCAAGAGGCAGAGGAAGCUGGUUCCCUUGAGCCGUAAGGUGGAGCGUCGGGAGAAGCGCAAGGAGGAAAAGGCUCUGAUCGCGGCGCAGCUGGACAACGCCAUCGAGAAGGAGCUGCUGGAGAGGCUCAAGCAGGGCACGUACGGCGACAUUUACAACUUCCCCAUCGUGGCCUUUGAGAAAGCCAUGCAGCAGCAGGACGAGGAGAGCGAGGCGGAGGAGGAAAGCGAGGAGGAGGAGGAGGUGGAGGUGGAGCGGGAUGACGAGGACGUCGGCGAGAGGGAGUUUGUCGCCGCCGACGAGUUGGAAGAGAGCGAUCUCAGCGACUUUGAGGACAUGAACAAUUUGAGGACGAGCAGCGACGAGGAAAUGUCAAGCGAGGACGAGACGGAAGGCGAGAAGAGGACGCGCUGGCGCGACAAAGGCAAAUCUCCCGCCAAGGGCUCGGCGGCGCGCAAGAAGCGGGCGUACGUGGAGAUCGAGUACGAGCGGGAAACGGAGCAGCCGGCCGCCAAGAGCUUCGCCGCGUAGGAGCCGCCCCGGCCAAUCAAAUGGAACCGGCGCCAUCGUGGCCGCGUCGUCGACGUCGUCGGUCGUCCAAAAGAUGCUCGCGAACGUCAACAAAGCAAACGCUUGCUAACGCGACAUCAUGUGGCAAAAAUUUUGCUUUGCGUGUGCAAUUCAAAAAGCGAAACGUUGACUUUUCUGUGCAAAGCAACGUACGUCAUGAUUUUUAUUUCACAUUUUCUCAAAUAAAGAGAACGGGAAAAAAAAUGUCUCCAAUGUUUAGACAUCUCGGGGUGGAAAUACUGUCGAAAUGAUCAAAUAAAUGACAAUUGACCAAUAGGAAAGUUGAAAGUAGAAAUAACAAUUCUUCCGUAUGACUUCCUCCUCUCCAUUUUUUUUUUUUUUUUUUGCUCAUCUUUGUUUUCAUGACUAAACAAGCGACGGCUCGCGUCGGGUCGUGUCCCAAAGCAAAAUACAAAAUCGGGAGGCUUGAUGGCAACUUUUUAUUGUCCAUUAGAUCGUAACGAGACGCGACGACAUGGCGCAAGACGACUAAACGUGGACUCUGUAUUUACUUUAUUUACAAAGAUGUGAAUUCACUGUACUGGUCGCACGCAGGGGGGGGUGGGAUGGGGGGGGUAAUAUGCCUACCGAUGUACGACACAGUAUAAAUAAAAUCAAAAGGUCGCAUUUUGCUGAUGUUUGAUGAGAAAACGGCGCCACCUAGAGGCUACUCAUUCAGCUCAUAUAAAAAUGGAGGGGG